CCCUACGCGCCUGCGCAGGGCAGGCCGCCGGCGGAGGCGAUGAGGGUGCUGGUUCGUCGCUGCUGCGGGCGGCUGCCGGCCGGUGGCGGCGCGGGACGGAGGCCGAGCCCCCAGUGGCGAGCGCUGGCCGGGCUCGGAGGGUGCCCCGGCGGGGAGGACGGCCGGGGCGCUCGGGUCCGCGAGAGGCCGCCCUGGCGUGUGCUCUUCUUCGGCACGGACCAGUUCGCCCGCGAGGCGCUGCGGGCGCUGCACGCCGCCAGGGAAAACAAAGAGGAGGAGCUAAUUGACAAAUUGGAAGUGGUCACAGUGCCCUCCCCGUCACCCAGAGGACUGCCAGUGAAGCAGUACGCUGUCCAGUCUCAGCUGCCAGUGUACGAGUGGCCAGACGUGGGGUCUGGAGAAUAUGAUGUUGGAGUGGUGGCUUCCUUUGGCCGACUUUUGAGUGAGGCUCUUAUUCUUAAAUUUCCCUAUGGCAUAUUGAAUGUCCAUCCCAGUUGCCUCCCGAGGUGGCGUGGUCCAGCCCCUAUAAUCCAUACCGUGCUUCACGGAGACACAGUUACUGGAGUAACGAUUAUGCAGAUCAGACCUAAAAGGUUUGAUGUAGGUCCAAUUCUCAAACAGGAAACGGUUCCUGUGCCACCUAAGAGCACCGCGAAGGAAUUGGAAGCCGUGCUGUCAAGACUGGGUGCCAACAUGCUUAUUUCAGUUUUGAAAAAUUUGCCUGAAAGUUUGAGCAACAGAAGGCAGCAGCCAACUGAGGGGGUGACACAUGCCCCUAAGAUUUCUGCUGGUACCAGCUGUAUAAAAUGGGAGGAACAAACGUCAGAGCAAAUAUUCAGACUUUAUCGUGCCAUAGGAAAUAUAAUUCCGUUGCAGACACUCUGGAUGGAUAAUACCAUUAAACUCCUGGAUUUGGUAGAAGUUAAUAGUUCAGUCCUCACUGAUCCAAAAUUAACAGGACAGGCUGUUAUUCCAGGAUCGGUGAUAUACCACAAACACUCACAGAAACUGCUGGUUUGUUGUAAGGAUGGCUGGAUUGGUGUUCGAUCAGUGAUGCUCAAGAAAACACUAACAGCUACUGAUUUCUACAACGGAUAUUUGCACCCCUGGUACCAGAAAAAUUCCCAAGCUCAACCAGGCCAAUGCAGAUUUCAGACUCUCAGACUUCCAACAAAGAAGCAGAAAAAAAUUGUUGCUAUGCAACAGUGCAUUAAGUAGUUAGGAAGAAGAUGGACAAGAACCUACUACAUAUUUGUAAUUUAUUAAAAGCCUUAUUUAUAAGGAAUUACCUUUACUUGCAAAGAAGAUGACACUGUUGGCGGAAGAGAAGAUUAUUGUCAAAGAUGAAUUACCUCACUUUCCACUUUUUGUUUAACAGUAGUUAAAAACAGCUUUUUCUAUUUGAAUGACAAAAGAAGCUUUAAAUAAAAUUUUUAUCUAUAAUAUCAAA